AUGAUUCGCUGGAGUAUCCUUUUAAAUGGAUAUGACUUUGAUCUUGUAUACAAACCGGGAAUUUCUAUUCCGAAUGCUGAUGGUUUGAGUCGUCUUCCAUGUUCCUCCAAUGUUGUUGAUCAAGAGAUAAAUGAAGUCUUGAAUGACGUGCUAUACAUUGAAUCCGAUGAGGUUAAACCAAUCACCGCUAAUAUAAUAGCAAAAGAAACAGAAAAGGAUCCACUUCUAUCUAAAGUACUAUUAUGGACUCAACGUGGAUGUUUACUUUGGGGAACUAGGGUGAUCAUUCCAUCCACUCUCAGGCAACAAGCUCUGAAGCUUCUACACAUGGGACAUGAGGGCAUUGUUCGAACAAAGGCGUUGGCUCAAAGCUAUUUCUGGUGGCCAAAACUUGAUCAAGACAUAGAAAACAUAGUGAGUUCUUGUCAAGCAUGUCAACAAAGUCGUCACAACCCUCCAAGAGCAACAGUUCUUCCCUGGGAGAAAACGAAACAACCCUGGUCUCGUCUCCACAUAGAUUUCGCUGGGCCCUUCCAAAACAAGUUGUUUUUGAUUGUUGUCGAUUCUUUCAGCAAAUGGUUAGAAGUAGUUUUGGUGCCUUCUACAGAUUCAAGAUCAACUAUAAAGGUCCUCAGAAGCCUUUUCGCAACACAUGGUGUUCCAGACACAAUAGUAUCUGAUAACGGGUCGGCUUUCACUUCACAAGAAUUUCGAUCGUUUAAUGAAAGCAAUGGCAUCCGCCACGUCGUGGUUGCACCAUACCAUCCGUCAUCGAAUGGUCAGGCAGAAAGGAUGGUCCAAACGACAAAAAAUUCUUUGCGACGAAUACUUCAAGGAGAUUGGCAAAAAAGAUUGGCUCAGUUCCUAAUAUCAUCUCAUAUAACGCCAAAUUGUUCUACUAAUAUGUCACCGAGUGAACUGCUGUUCGGAAGGCGUAUUAGAACCAUCUUAGACAGAGUUCACCCAGAUUAUUCUUCAAGUGACAAAGAAGAGAAAAUCUUGGAUAAAGCGCUUCAUGAUUACCAACUGUCACCUCAGAGGAAAUUGAAAGAAAAUGACUCCGUAUUUGCAAGAAACUAUAAUCAGCGAGGACCAAAGUGGAUUCCUGCUAAAGUCACUAGAAUAACCGGGCCACUGAGCUACCAUUUGAUAACAAAAGAAGGCAUUGAAAUACGACGUCAUAUUGACCAAUUGAGACCUCGCUCAGAAACAUCAAAAGCAUCUACUAACUCACAAUAG